AUGCUUCAAUCAUUAAAGUUACUUCUACUUAUAGCACUCUUAUCAGCACUGAUAAAUUGUGAAAGAAAGAAAAUCUUGAUUAAAGGAGUGCCAAGUUCUAGUCAUGUGCGCAUUAACUCUGGAAUAGCAUAGUCUUUGCGUAGUAAAGGUCAUGAUGUGACUAUAAUAUUCAGAACAAAAGACCCGAUAGUUGAUGAAUUAAAAAGACAAGGUAUAAGGGUAUUAUUUGAACCACCACUCUCCAGAGAAGUUCAGAUGAAGCACUACAAGAUAGUAUAGGAAUAUAAACAAAAUGGCACAUUAGUAAACAUCUGGGAUAACGUAGGUACUCAUUUAGAUGCAAUAUUCAAUCACUAAAUGGCAUUUUACAAGUACCUUUACGACUAGAAAUUUGAUAUGAUUAUCUCAGAAUAAAUGCAAUACUAGCAAGUAUUAGCAAACUACUUGGAGAUACCUAUUUUUAUUCAGGUUAUGAAUGGUCCAGGAGAAGCUGAGUUUUAUCAAAAGUCUGGUGAGUAUGUUGCACACUCUAGUUAAGAAAAUCUGAUGAGAUAAGUACUCUUUGACUAACAACCUAAAUCUUAGUUUUACCUAAGAGUUUAAAAUUUCAUGACGCUUUUGGCUCAUAGAAGUCUGUUCGAGCAUUAUCUUAAAUAAAAGAUCAAAGAAAUACUGCCAAUAGAGUAUCAUAGUGAUGCACUCAACAGAAGAGUGUAAAACUUGUCACUUAUUUUGAAUAUAGAGGGUAUAAAUCCUCCAAUACCUUCACAACCUACAAUCAAGUACAUAUUCCCUAAGUAUAAGUAAGGCGUAAGUGUAAAAGACUAAGUAUUUAAUGAUCAGCUCCAAGAAUUUUUGUAUUUUAACAAAAAGGUUUGCCUAGUAGCUUUUGGAACCUAAUACAAGCCAAAUAAUAAAUAGCUAGAGAGUAUCAUGGGUUUUAUGAAGAAUAUGUCUCUUAAUUCGGAUUGGGCUUUUGUUUACGCAAAGAGAGAUCUCAAUGAGUCAAUAGACAUGGAGAUUGUCAGACAGUUUUAAUUAAAAUACCCUAAGAUACUCAUUUAGAAAUUUGUGCCAUAGAUCAAACUUCUCGAGCAUCCACAUCUAAAAGCAUUUUUAUCUCAUGGUGGCUCAAAUAGUAUGCUAGAAUCAAUUGAAGCUAUGGUCCCAAUCAUUAUUGCUCCUAUUUCAGUUUAUGACUAGUUUUUACAUUGCAACUAUGUAGAAAAGAGGCGACUUGGACAAUGUGUCGCUAAUAUAUCUCAAGAUAGAUUAGAGAAUGCCCUAAUUGAGAUUGAACACCAUUAAUACUACUAGUAGCAAUUACCAAAAUACUCAGAAGUUAUCAAACAAAAACGGGAAGAUGAUCCUGAGGAUCUUGAGUAUUGGAUUGAUUAUAUCUUUGAAAUAGGCAGCAAUUAAUUCAGACAAGAGUAAUAUCACAGAGAACUAGCUCAUUUUUAUAUGGAUUUAGAUUUUGCCAUCCUUAUCCUAAUUAACAUAUUUUCAUGCCUUGUUCUAUCUUAAAUGGAAAUCCCAGAACCUAGACUAAUUGAUCCUCUUAGAAAUAAGGGUAAAGCGAGAUCUUAGCAGCAUGGAAAAGAAUAAUAAUAGAAAAAGAAAAAGAUACUAUUAAAAGGAGUGACCAGCACAAGUCACAUCAAGGUCAAUACAGGAAUUGCAGUAAGUCUCGCAGAAAAAGGUUAUGAUGUGACAAUGAUUUUAGCAAAAGAAGAUGAUGGAGUAAAGAAGAUGAGAGAAAAGGGUGUAAAGGUUAUAUAUGAGCCACCUUUGCCCUAAGAAUCUGUGGCAAAUAAUAAGAUUAGGUUUAAAGAAGCUAAGGAUAAUUAAGGUGUCUUGAAAGUUUGGGAUACCUCAGCAGUUAACCUACACAGACUAUUUAACGAGUAGUUUGAUUUCUAUAAGAACCUUAAGUCAUAGAAAUUUGAUAUGCUCAUCACAGAGUAAAUGCUCUACUUGCAAACUUUGGCUAAUUACUUAGAAAUACCAGUGUUUUUGCAUAUUAUGAAUGGACCUAUUGACGGAGAUAUUCUUCAUAAGCUAGCUGAGCCAUACUUUCACAGUACUCAUUAUAACCUUCAAAGACAAAUGAUUUUCGGAGAUAUGCCUCAGAGUACUUUCAUUGAAAGAGUUUAGCAUUUUACAACAGAGUAUAUAUAGAAAUCUUGGUUUGUACUUCUAUUGAAGUGGACAUUUGAAAAAGAAUUAUAGGAGAGCGAAGUUAGAUACAUAACACAAACUAGAAUUCAGAAUAUGACAAUUUCAAUUAACGUCGAUGGAGUUAACCCGCCAAUUUACAAAAAUCCUAGUGUUAGAUUCGUAUAGAAUAAAUACAAACAACAAUUAACAGGCAGUGAUUUUAUGAUGAAUGAGGAACUGAGUCUUUUCUACUAGCAGAAUAAUAAAAUUGUUUUAGUUGCAUUUGGAACUCAAUUUCAGCCAUCUGAGUAUAAAAUGGGCUAGUUAUAUGAAUUUAUGAAAGUAGCUUCUGCUAGACAUGGGUGGUCAUUUGUUGUAGUCAACAAAAAGGAUAAUAUGUAAAGUGAGGAAAAUAUCAACUUUAAAAAGAGAUUCCCAAAGAUACUUAAGUAAAAUUUCGUCCCUCAAGUAACUAUGCUAUCUCAUCCUCAUACCAAAGUCUUCAUUUCUCAUGGUGGCUCAAAUAGUGUUCAGGAAUCUCUAGAGGCACAAGUUCCAAUGAUUAUAUUGCCAAUAUCAAUCUUCGACUAGUUUAUGUUUUGCUAUCAUGUUAAAAGAAGUGGAUAUGGAAGAUGCCUGAGAAAUCAUAAUUGGAAAUACUAUUUGGAAGAACUGUUAACUAUAGAAAGAAGUGGGUUUUACAAAGAAAAUUUGAGGCAAAUAUCUAAUGCCAUUAAGGAAUCAAAAAAUGACCCUGAAGAUAUGGAAUAUUGGGUAGAUUACAUUUUCGAUGUUGGAGUUGAAUAAUUUAGACCAUUCUAGUACUAGUCAAUCAAUUUCUUGGCUUUUAUGCAGACUGAUAUCUUCUUAGUAUUCUAUCUCAUAUUUUUAGGAAUAGCAUACUUGAUUUUUCGAUCUAUUUUACGAGUAAUCAAAUUAUUUGUAGUGAAGUAUCAAUUGGAAAAGUAUGUCUUCUCUCUGUUGUUAAAGUUCAAACUCAUUAGUUUAAAGUUUUAUAAGCAGAAAACUGAGUCACUAACAGUUGUUUCACCAAAAGGCGAUGAUAAUUAAGACUAAAAUGAUAAAACUUAAGCAAAUAAAGAACAUAGAGCUGAUAAUAAAGGAUAGAAAAGCAGUAAUAAAACGAAGCAUUAAACAAAAUGA